AUGUCUCCUUUUCGGCCAGUCCACUUCAUCCCCCAAAGCCGCAAGGAGCAGAUCCUCUCUCUACGCAUCGACCGCAUCGUGACUGGACCACAUGCCCAAGACGCAGGAACCAACCACUGGUGUUUCUACCUCGCCGUUUCGAAAUCCCCUGCAGCAUCAACCAGAUGGAUCAAAAUAGACUGCCUCCCUAGCUACGUCGAGCCAAGUACAAUUCUGCCCGGCGGCUCAAAAGCGAAUCUGAUUAUAUCGGAACUUGAGCCGUCAACUAUGCCAGACAUCGAGCCCACAUUUACGCUAGACCUCCCGUCGGGUUCAAACAUCACGGUGAACGAUAUCCAUGAUCUACUCGUUGACAACGGUCGGCAUAAAUAUGAAUUUGAUUCUCAAGGCGUGGGGUGCAGGUUCUGGGUUACAGAGCAGCUUGGACUUUUCUAUGAGCAUGCGAUUCUGGGCGAUAAAGCACAGGUUGAGGCUGUUAAGGCUGCGAUCAAGAGGUUGUGGCCUGAGCAGACGGCGCUGGAGCUUGACCGGGGGGCUUAUUAUGAGUAG